UUGCGGGCUAUGGAUGAUAAACUAUAUGGAAUACUGGACAGGAUCCUCCCUAUCUGAUAACGUAACUCAGGAUGAUAUAACAAUGUUUAGGUUUAAGCUACCUGCAAUAUUAUGGGACUCGAGAUUAAACACAAAGAAAGGACAUCAAAAUCUUGACCACAAUGUGGAUGAAGAUGGAGAGAGUUCAAGUGAUGUUCAAAUAAUCGAUACUCCAUGUGAGUUAUCUAAAUCGUCAAAUACAUCACAUCAGAUUGAACCAUAUAUAUCUCCAUAUGUUCUGCCUGCUAAAGUAACAUCAACAAACACGCAAGAACUGAUGUUUGUAUUAUGCACAUAUAUCAUGGGGAUAGACAACGACAAAUAUUUAAAGAAACAUUGGAUUCAGAGCACUAAACCUUAUCCAAUUUCUUUAAGUCUUCAAAAACUUAAAGAUAUAUUGGAUGUAAAUAAGCCGAUGGAUACAGAUUGUUUUAACAUGGCUGUUCGGAUGAUCGCAUGCAAUGAUUCCUUGUUCUUGUUGGAAGACAAAUACCACUACAUGGAUCUACAGUUCUGUGUAAGUUCAAGUAAUUAGUCUUUAUUCAUAUAAGUGUGUUCAUUAUAUAAUUAUUUUACUAACAAAAAGUAGUCCAUAACUAAAUUUGGUCGAGACCCUCGCCUUCGUGCAAAGCCAGAUAUCAACAUGUUGGCAAAAUUAUUAGAAUGUUGGCCUGACAUGGAGUACGAUGUUUCAGAUUGCAAACAAGUAAG